AUGGCAGCUUCAACCGCCGUGGACCAAUUCAAGGGCGACCUCUCGGCGACCAUCAAGUUCCUGGGGAGCAUGUCUUCCAUGCCCAACUAUGAGUCGAUUCGCCAGAUCCAAGCUGAUGCCCUCACGAAGCGAGCUGCAGGGCUUUGCCUCGACCCUGAGGCAGGGGCAGCACUGGCCGAUUCGUGGAGCACCGGCCCAUGGUCUGUUGACCAAACCAAAGCCUUUUCUGAAGUGCUGGCCAAGGGUGUCAGUGCAACAAGUGGGAGCAAAGGCAGCAAGAAUCGCAGGGAGAAUCAAAUGUGCAGCAGCUUCGAGUCCUACCUGAGCGAGAAGGACGUGGAAGUGCUGACUUCUGAUUCCAGCAUCCACAUCAAGAUCGACACUGCAGCAAGCAGGUGCUGCCGAUUGAGGCUCACAUUGCCCUCAGAGCAAUGUGUGAAAAGUAUCCUGGCCGCCAUCGCUGCAAGAUCCGGUGGCACAUGCACUGAAGCCGAGCUCUUUCUCCAGGUGGCGGAGUUCAAAAGAGUGCUUCGUCUCAAAGCGAAGAAAGUCCCAAAAGAAGGGAUUCACAUUGAAACCUAUCCGGUUGGUGGGCCUCGUGAGCUACCGGAUGUUUUGUUCAAGGCGGCCUACGAUGCCGAGGAUGGGCCGGUUAGCACUCUGCUGCCGGCUGGGCAGGUGGCACUCAAAGCCAUGGACAUUUCGCUGAGACCGACGAACAAGAAGGUGAGAGGCAUCUUUGCCACACCGAAGGCGAGCACUGCCUUGGUGCCUGCAAAUUCUAUGUCGAUGCCUGGCAUGCACAUGGCUGGCAUGAACAUGAUGGUUAACCCCUACAUGCAGGGAAUGAUGGGCAUGCAUGGCAUGCCAAAUGCUUCGUCCAUGCAGGGCCUCAUGCAAUGGAUGAAGCAGCAGCAAGAUUUGGCGACCCAGCAGGGAGGGUUGCAGAACCUCCAGAUCUUCGCUCCCGGCACGGGGUCCUCUUCGGGAUCGCAACAGCCGCCAUCUUCUUCGACACCGGCAUGUGCACAGCAGCUAUGUUCUUCGACACAGGCACAGCAGCCAUCUUCUUCGACACAGGCACAGCAGCCAUCUUCUUCGCCACAGGCACAGCAGCCAUCUUUGCCAUGUUCCGGCCAGAACAUCAUAGAGAACGGAGAAAGCGGCAUCGAGACAAAGCCUGCAGACCCCUUCGCCUUCCAGCUCGACACAACUCAGGCCCUAGAGGAAGCUACCAAAGUGUCCGAUGCAUUGGACAACCGCAAGACUGGAGGCCAGGGCAAGCGAACGGCUGACGAGUUCGAGGGAGGCUGCAAGCUCGCCGGCAUUCAGAAACUAGCCAUGUCGUUGGACGUGGCCAGCUUGGGUCGGAAGCAUUAUGUGAGCCAGAGUGGUUUAGCAGCUGUUUUGAAGGAGGUUUCCGAAUCGUCUUCCACAGUGGCACCUUCCAGAUCAGGCAUCAAAAGAGCCAGAGAGGAACAGGUCGCCAUCGACACACCAUAUGGCGCUUUGAUCGACAAUAUGCAGAUCAAAGACAAGAAGGGAAAGGAACGGAGUUUCCCAACAUUGAAUCUGAAAGCCUGGAUGUGGUACGUCGUCAAGAACCUGCUCGUUAGUUUUUUCAGCAGGAAGUUCCUGGAACACCCGCCCAAGGCAAACACACCGUGGCGGGUGUGUUUAUAUUGUGAUGAGAUAUCACCGGGCAACCAACUAAAGCAGCAAAACACACGGAAGAUCCAAGCCUACUACCUUUCCUUCCAUGAAUUCGGGGCGGAGUUCCGUUGCCAAGAACAACUGUGGUUCACGGUGGCUUUGGCGAGGUCCCAUCUGGUGAACCAACUUCCUGGCGGCCUCUCGCAGUUCACCCACCACCUCCUGCAAGCACUGAAGCUUGAGGACUUCGAGCAUGGUUUGCUUCUGGGCUCGGGCGGUGAACGAGUUAUGUUCUUCGCCAAACUGGACACCAUGGUGGCAGAUGAAGCUGCCUUGAAGGCAGUCUUUGAUGUGAAGGGCUCCUCGGGGACACUACCAUGUCCUUUGUGCUCCAGUGUUGUUGCCAAGAAAAGCAUGCUGGAAGGCUGUGACACAACUGGGACACUGGUACCUGUGCACGAAACUGCUCUGGAGAAGUUUUGUGCAAGAACGGACAAUACCAUCUGGCAGGGCUGCAGGUUACUGCAAAGCCGAUGUGGCCAAGUCUCCAAGAAGGCUUUUGAGCAGCUGGAGCAGUCACUGGGGAUGAACCAUAACCCAAAUGGUGUCCUGUUCCAUGGGAAUUUGCCUUUGGCCUCCACUUUGAUGUACGACUGGCUACACUGUUACUUGGUAGCAGGACUGAUGCACGUGGAGCUGGGGCUUUUGUUCCCCAUACUCUAUACCCACGGUGUGACAGUGGAAAGUCUGAAAGACUGGAUGUGUUCCUUCGAAUGGCCCUACGGCUUGAGGACACACCGCAACGAGACACUGAGGAUUUUCGACAAGAGAAUUCCCCCUGGCGAGUUCAAGUGUAGUGCCUCUCAAGGUCUGAACCUGUACCCAUUGCUGCGACUUUUCUUGCUCAGUCUUGCAACAGGAAGCAUUCCAGAUUUACUGGCAAAGGCGAUGACCAGUUGUUUGAAUUUGUUUCUGGAUCUCUUGCUUAAAGGGAACCGGGGAGAGCAGGUGCCACCAGACGAUUUGGAGGCCGCCAUCCUCAAACACUGCCGGGCAUUUCUCAGUGCAUAUGGCUCCGAGCAUGUUGUGCCUAAAUUCCACUAUAGCCUGCACCUUGGCGCUUUUGCUCGAAAGAAACCGCUGAUUUCCUGCUUCACUCACGAAAGAAAGCAUCGCCAAAUCAAACAGCUGGCAAACGAGAUUCACAACCCUGGAGACUGGUUUGAGAAAUCCGUCUUCAGAGACGUGUGGGGCGAAGUGAUCCUGCAGAUGCAAGCGGACUCUUUCAGUCUGCAGCCCCAUCUGCUGUCACCCAAGAAAGCUACGAUCUCUUUGCAGGCCAUGUUGAAUGCAAACUUCGGCGAUCGAGCAUGCGGUGCGACUGUUUCCUUUCAGGCCGUUUGCAGGCCGGGCCAGAGCUGCGAGAAAGGUGAUGUCGUGCUGCUUUCUUCUGCUGAUGUGGUCCAAGUGUGGCUGCAUUGCCGCCUGUAUGACGGGGACAUGUGCACUUUGUGUAGCAUUCUGAAGCCUCUGGGUAAGAAUCGCUUCCUCCUGGACGAUUCCACGGCUCGGUUUAUUCCGAGUGUCCACAUCCAGAGGGCAUGCUACUAUAAGAAGUGUCCCAAGGAUGGCGAGGUCAUGGUCACUCCUGCCUAA